UAUAUUUCCCCCACUCCUCCUUACUGAGAAUAUUUUGUCGUGUCAUUCAUAAAGACCGGGAAAAGAUUUCUGGGAAAUGUUUUGUUCAGUUUAUAUUUUAUCAUGGCGUCCGAGUUCUCACGUAUUCAACUUCGACAAAAUGAGGUUCUACUUUUCAAGAAUGGUCAACCAAUUCUUAGAGUUGAACGAGGGACUACAUUGAGUGUCAUCAAAUUGCUUUAUCAAGCUGAUCCCCGAAAUAAAGGCACAGUUAUUGCACUAAGGCCAGAUACAGAUGACCCUUUACCUUGUGUUUUGACACUCGAUCAGUCUCCGCUUGAAGAGGCAAAAUAUGAAAUAAUCACUCAUGAACCUUCAAGAAAUUCAACUCAACCAGCCGCCAGGGAAGCAACAAACAGCACACUAUUUUCUGAUGGAAAAUGUUCAAACUUGACAAGGUUACCCUUUUCAAAAAUGCCAGUUGAUCCGUCUCAAGGGACAUCAUUAGCUGAAGCACAAGUGGCACAACCUGUCAAUCAUGGAACACCUCUCACAGUUAGCAUCUCGCCCGAAGGUAACACUAAAACCUCUGCAAAUCACAGAGAUAACAGCAGCAGUUCACUACUGUUAGCUAGAAGGGAUGAAAGCCAUUUCCCUUCUCGCUCAAGCAUUCUUUCCAUAUCACGUCGCAAGAAGACAGUUCGAAAAUCAGUCAUUCCUCGAAAGAUGUCUCCCAGCUCUAGUCCCGGUCUUGGUCUCAACGGUAAAGUUAUACAUGGAACGCACCUUCAGCAAGGAGAAGUAGGUCUCCCUGCAAGACACUCGGAAACUAUCGGCUCACCAGGCUUAUGUGACAGCACAGAAAACGGAAGCCUGAGGCCCUCUAUGGAAGAUACUGGAGAGGACAUGGAAGUGGUCACCCAACACAGAGAGAACCAUGGCAGUGAUGCUGUGGCAGCAUUUUCAGUAGAGGAUUCAAUAAGUUAUGCUAAUUUUCCCACCCUAGAAAGUUCUUCAACAAAUGGUUCAAGUCCUGCCAUCAGCGAGGGACAUCCAGCUCUUAUAGACAUCCACAGUGACUCAAGGGAGACGAGUGGUGGAGAGAAUGACUCAGAUACGAACUUUGUUAGUUCAGAGAACAGUCCUCCUCAGAACCAUCCAGUUAUGGCCCAAGGCUCACAUAGAAACAAUAGACAAGGUUCAGUUGUGGACAGUGAAGAAACACAGUGUUCUCGUACACAAGCACCAAUAGUAGUCUUACAGAACACAGUUCAGGUCAAAACAGAACCUAAUGAAGUUGUUCCCUUGUCAAACAAUCUCUCACCUGAACAAAAUAGCAAAGAGUACCAUUCACGUUCAGGUGUCAGUUCUGAAAGAGAAGGUAGAGACGAGAUUUCAACUGUGGAGGGAUUUUCACUUGGUCAGCAGAAUGUCAUGCCAACAAGCUUACAGAAAGGCCAUGCCAAUUCACAGGAAAUACAUCCGGGCUCCUCUCAGAUGCCGCGAGUUGUUAAUGUUGUUGGUGCUUCUCAGGAUCAUGAUAACCAAAUGGAAACUUCUCAUCAACUUCACUCUGGUACGCACUACAUGGAUUUGAAGGAGUACAGCUGUGACAUAUGUCACAAGCAGUUUGACUCUGCAAACUCUGUACUACGUCAUAAACGCUCACACACUGGAGAUCGACCCUACAUCUGCAAAAUUUGUGGAUGGGGCUUCAACUUGAGUGGCAACUUAAACCAGCAUUUAGCAAUUCAUCAAAAGGUCAAGCCUUUCAAGUGUGUCUACUGUGGGAAGACUUUUGCACGCUCCAAUGUGCUGAAGGCACAUGUCCGCUGCCACACUGGCGAGCGACCAUUUCAAUGCCAACUUUGUGGCAGUAAAUUUAUCAUUGGUCAUAAUUUAAAGAAGCAUAUGGUGACACGGCAUGGCAUUAAGGAAGAUGAUAAAAUGUUCUCACAAAAUGAUGCCCCCGAUGACAAUGGAAGGUCCCAUGAUGAUAACAUAUUCCCACAAAAUAAUAGCUCUCAUGAAAAUGGCAGGUAUCAACAUAACGAUAAGGAUGAAAAUUUAAGUAUGUCGCAAUCAUGCGGUUUUGCUGCCUAUGUGACAAUAAUUAUUACUAUUUUCCUGCAGGUUCUACUUUUCAAGAAUGGUCAACCAAUUCUUAGAGUUGAACGAGGGACUACAUUGAGUGUCAUCAAAUUGCUUUAUCAAGCUGAUCCCCGAAAUAAAGGCACAGUUAUUGCACUAAGGCCAGAUACAGAUGACCCUUUACCUUGUGUUUUGACACUCGAUCAGUCUCCGCUUGAAGAGGCAAAAUAUGAAAUAAUCACUCAUGAACCUUCAAGAAAUUCAACUCAACCAGCCGCCAGGGAAGCAACAAACAGCACACUAUUUUCUGAUGGAAAAUGUUCAAACUUGACAAGGUUACCCUUUUCAAAAAUGCCAGUUGAUCCGUCUCAAGGGACAUCAUUAGCUGAAGCACAAGUGGCACAACCUGUCAAUCAUGGAACACCUCUCACAGUUAGCAUCUCGCCCGAAGGUAACACUAAAACCUCUGCAAAUCACAGAGAUAACAGCAGCAGUUCACUACUGUUAGCUAGAAGGGAUGAAAGCCAUUUCCCUUCUCGCUCAAGCAUUCUUUCCAUAUCACGUCGCAAGAAGACAGUUCGAAAAUCAGUCAUUCCUCGAAAGAUGUCUCCCAGCUCUAGUCCCGGUCUUGGUCUCAACGGUAAAGUUAUACAUGGAACGCACCUUCAGCAAGGAGAAGUAGGUCUCCCUGCAAGACACUCGGAAACUAUCGGCUCACCAGGCUUAUGUGACAGCACAGAAAACGGAAGCCUGAGGCCCUCUAUGGAAGAUACUGGAGAGGACAUGGAAGUGGUCACCCAACACAGAGAGAACCAUGGCAGUGAUGCUGUGGCAGCAUUUUCAGUAGAGGAUUCAAUAAGUUAUGCUAAUUUUCCCACCCUAGAAAGUUCUUCAACAAAUGGUUCAAGUCCUGCCAUCAGCGAGGGACAUCCAGCUCUUAUAGACAUCCACAGUGACUCAAGGGAGACGAGUGGUGGAGAGAAUGACUCAGAUACGAACUUUGUUAGUUCAGAGAACAGUCCUCCUCAGAACCAUCCAGUUAUGGCCCAAGGCUCACAUAGAAACAAUAGACAAGGUUCAGUUGUGGACAGUGAAGAAACACAGUGUUCUCGUACACAAGCACCAAUAGUAGUCUUACAGAACACAGUUCAGGUCAAAACAGAACCUAAUGAAGUUGUUCCCUUGUCAAACAAUCUCUCACCUGAACAAAAUAGCAAAGAGUACCAUUCACGUUCAGGUGUCAGUUCUGAAAGAGAAGGUAGAGACGAGAUUUCAACUGUGGAGGGAUUUUCACUUGGUCAGCAGAAUGUCAUGCCAACAAGCUUACAGAAAGGCCAUGCCAAUUCACAGGAAAUACAUCCGGGCUCCUCUCAGAUGCCGCGAGUUGUUAAUGUUGUUGGUGCUUCUCAGGAUCAUGAUAACCAAAUGGAAACUUCUCAUCAACUUCACUCUGGUACGCACUACAUGGAUUUGAAGGAGUACAGCUGUGACAUAUGUCACAAGCAGUUUGACUCUGCAAACUCUGUACUACGUCAUAAACGCUCACACACUGGAGAUCGACCCUACAUCUGCAAAAUUUGUGGAUGGGGCUUCAACUUGAGUGGCAACUUAAACCAGCAUUUAGCAAUUCAUCAAAAGGUCAAGCCUUUCAAGUGUGUCUACUGUGGGAAGACUUUUGCACGCUCCAAUGUGCUGAAGGCACAUGUCCGCUGCCACACUGGCGAGCGACCAUUUCAAUGCCAACUUUGUGGCAGUAAAUUUAUCAUUGGUCAUAAUUUAAAGAAGCAUAUGGUGACACGGCAUGGCAUUAAGGAAGAUGAUAAAAUGUUCUCACAAAAUGAUGCCCCCGAUGACAAUGGAAGGUCCCAUGAUGAUAACAUAUUCCCACAAAAUAAUAGCUCUCAUGAAAAUGGCAGGUAUCAACAUAACGAUAAGGAUGAAAAUUUAAGUAUGUCGCAAUCAUAAAUGACUUUUGCUACAUAAUAUAUAACUACUAUAUUUUGCCCAGGCAUGCUUAGCUCAGUAAACAGAACUAUUGACAAAAGAUUUUUAAACAAAAAAUGUGUUGUAAAGGCUCGAGAUUAAUACCCUGCAGGUAGGUACUAGAAACUUAUAUUGUACUGUUUUAGGUUUUGGUUAUGUUUAGUUUCUACUGUGAUCUGCUCAAAAGGUCUCUGGAAAAUUAUGGAGUUGUACUGCUUUACUGAUAAAGCAGAACCAAUUAAGACAAACCUAUUUAGACUGUAAACUUAUUUUAAUCCAGAAUGUUUACUAGAAAGCUGAAAGGCUCCUUAAACUUCCAAAUUUUACAGAUUUAAUACCACUAGGUAAAAUUUCCACAAUAAUUAAGGUAUAAUUUUGCCUUAAUUUACUGUCAAGUUUAUUUUCAGGUCUACAUUAGCUACAUCACAAUAACAGUGAAAUAGAUAUAUUGUGACGGUUUAAUUUGCAUAUUAAGAAAAUUAUUGCAUUUAAGCUGAACUUUCUCUAGUCCUUUAACUUCCAAGACUGAAAUUACAAAUACUUUUAAUGAAAACAUCUUCUGUACCACAUGAAAAUACCACUCAUAAGCCUUCCAGUGAAUAGGCCAUAUUCGUGUCCUCAGUACUGGACUCAACUUGAACUAGUUUGUGAUGGAGGCUUACUCAGGGUAGUAGCAUUUGCAUUUGAAGGGGUACAUGGAAUAAACCCCCAAGCGACUUUUGGAAAAUUUUGAGUUAGUUAAGAUUGAAAUACCUCCCAGGAAUUUUUUAUAGUUUACUCUGGUAUUCAUCAUUGUCUUAAAAGAACUAGUAAGAAGAACUAGUUCUUCUUACUAGUUCAAAGUAAAAUGUGAAAAUUGCUUGAAGGUAAUUCAAUCCUAGCUAACUCAAAAUUUUCCAAAAGUCACUUAGAGCUUUAUUCCACAAACCCUUCCAUCUGAAAAGUUUCCCGGCAUUAGCCUCAGUUGCAAGCUAGUUCCUGUCUAAUGCUGCAAAUACAAAUAUGGCCUAUAAGUCACAGUAGAAUUUCACUUCAAGACCCUAAUGGAGUGAAAGUAUGUCUAAGAUAGGAAGAGGCUCAUUUUGAGCCAUGCUUAGCGAAAUAUUUUUCUGAAGUACUCUGUCAAUAUCAUUCGGUGAAAAAUACAGUUAAUUUAGUAAGGCAUAAAUAAAGGUGUAAUAUAUAUUUUGUCAUAUUUUUAACUACGUGAAGUAAGUUUACUCCUUAUCUGUAUGAUAAUUAUUCUAAUAAAAAUAAUUUUUAAAGAAGUUAAUAAGCAGGACAUUUUCCGUAUUAUUUAGUAUUUAUAUUUGCUCGAAGUUGAGAACAUCAAAUAGUAUUAAAUGUAAAAUUAUUUUAUUUUCAUGCAACAUCAAUUUUUUAACUUAUUUUUAACAAAAGCAAGCAGUAUAAAAGGGCACCUUUCUUGGCAAUAGAACAUGUGUUAUUAAUAUAAGUCAUUAUAUUACAGGAAACAUAAAAAUACGGUAUUUAUCCCAAUAACAAGCAUUAAAUGAUCUUUAUUGACUCAUACUUAGAUUAAUUGCAGGAGAAGUAUUAUAUUGAUUACAGGUUGAUUAGAGAAAAUAAUAAGGAAAGUAAUUGAAGCCCAGCUGAUAAAGUAACUGCAACAUUCUUUCAAGUUAGCUCCUGAUAAUGAUUUAGAGUUAGUUUCA